UUUGUUUAAUCUGUGAGUACAUUACAUACAAUAAUAUUGAGUGAUGCGAGUAUUGUAUUGUAUUACAUAUUCUUAAUUGAUUUUCAGUGUUUUCUCAACAUUUACGUCAAUUUAAUUUAAUUACCAUUUGUCACCAUUGAUUUAAGUAGGAGCACCGAUCCACCCGAAAUGAAUAUUUCUAUAGAAAAAAAGCGGACAGACUGUCCUGCUUUACCUAAGGGCUGGCAAAGAGAAGAAGUCUUGAGGAAAUCUGGUCUGUCUGCUGGAAAAGUUGAUGUUUAUUAUUACAGCCCAACAGGUAAAAAGUUUCGGAGUAAAGCCGAGCUAGUUCGUUAUCUGGGCGAUAGUACGGACCUCUCGUGUUUCGACUUUCAGCAGGGUCAGAUAAACACUAUGCUCCUGUGUAAGGUGAAGAAGGCUCGUGCGCAGUUUGACUACAGGGGUGUCCGCUCAGACGCGUCGUUGGUGCCUCCGAUCCGUCAGACGGCGUCGAUAUUCAAACAGCCUGUCACAGUGUACAAGACUCAGGAGAGUAAAGUUAAAACUGAUCUGAAACACGGCACGCAAGAGAAGCCUAAACAACUGUUUUGGGAAAAGAGACUUGAGGGGCUGACCGCAUGUGACGCGAAUGGCGUGAUAGGAACGACUUCACUACCAAAGUACAUAAAACCACUGGGUCCGUACAUCUCCGAUGCCACCACAAUACAGUCGCUCGCAACGGCUUUACACGUGUCUUCACAGCCUAUCACUGGUCAAACGGGGUCAAAGCAGGCCAUACUGGAAAAUCCGGGGGUUUUUCUGAACCCGGAACAGCCGCUGAUAGCGGCGGUGACCAUCACUAAAGAGGACGUGCGGCGGCAGGAGGAGCGCGUGAAGCGCGCACGUCUUCGUUUACAGGAGGCGCUGGUGGCCGCCUAGGGCAGCGCCGGCGGCGGGCCCGUGUCUCCUGCCGCCGCCCCUGCAUCGCCAGCUGCCCCCGAUACUGCCCCUACAUCACCCGCUGUCUCCGCCGCCCCCGCGUCCCUUAGCCCGCCGCCGCCCCCGCUUCCUCCCUCGCAACCACUUCCGGCCCCUGACUCCACUACCGCCUCGCCGACGGAUAUCGAAGAAAUCAUGCCGAUGCCUCUAUCUCUCGCCGUGGAAGCGGCUGACACUACUACCGAUUAGAUGGCAGAAAUUUUACGUGCAUCUAGCAGUCUCAGGGACGCGUAAGCAAAGUGCGCGUCUUGAGUUAAGAAGUUAGUUUUAUUUAUAUUUGAACCCGCGUUUCGAUACUCAACGUGACUGACGCGCAACCUACAAGAAGUAUUUCCGUUUCUAAUUUUAUAUUCUAUUGAAAUACAAAGCAGUAAGCAGUUGGAACUAUAUUGUCAGUUUCCUUUGCCUCAUAAGAUUUUGAGACAAAUAAAAUUUUGAACACUAAAUAAUCAAAUAAUAUUUAAAUAAAAGUAAUUUAAGUUAGGAUAAGCUUUAUUGGUUACCUUAGGGCACUUUUAGGGUCAUGCGGAUGCUUCCGCACGCGAGAUCCACCAAGCAUAAAAUGUCACGCUGCGGGUCACACGCAAGUUUGUGCUUCAAUUUUCUGCAGGUGGCAUAUGGUCGUAUUCUAUAGCGGUUUUAUAUCAAUUUAAAAAUAAUAAUGUUACAAAAGGUGCCGAUUCUAAAGAUUUCUGCUUCUUUACAUGUGUUCUAUAAAUUUUUAGCCUGUCGAUUAGCCGUCGUUUUCCUUUGCGGCGGAUAGGAAAAUUAGAGUGUCUUCUAGAAUCAGCGCCAAUGGCAGAAGUAUGUAUCGCUUACGCGUCCCGCGUGCGUAUGUCAGGCUUUAGAACACAUAUGAAAUGGUAAUUGCGGGUGCAACGCGUGCGGGCCUAUUCCGCAUGCUUGAACAAACCCGCAUGGCACUAAAACUGACCUUAGCCAUCGAAAUUAAAUCUCAAUGUAAAAUCUUAUUACAUGUAUAAUAUAAUUUAGGAUGAAUUUUUAUAUAAUGCAUUUUUAACUGUAAGGUCUUUUUAUAAGAUAAAGAUACCGUUCUGUUACAUUCAAAUAAUGAACGAUCUAUCUGAUAAGUUUCUAUUGCAUGUAAUUUUAUUACUGAUAUGAUAAGAAAUAAAAGAUUUUACGUAAUUUGACGUUAUUUAUUGUUCAAUAAAUUUAAAAGUAACGCGGUUUGUGCAAUGUACACUACUUAUAUAGAAAUAACAGUCUCACAACCUUAUAAAUGUUUGGCUUAUACUAAGAUUUUUAAAGACUGCAUAAAAAAAGACAGUACUUAAUAUUUAAUGCAACAAUAGCAUAUACCAUAAAGCAAAGCAGAAAUAUGAAAUGACCUAUUGAUCUUGUCUGAGUCUAUCUAUGAUUUUUAUCACUUACUUCAAAGAAGGUAGUUGAAAAUUUUUUGUAUUGAUUUUUAAGGCCUGUUAAAACUGAAUUGUGCCAUAUUUAUUUAGGGUUCUGCUCUAUUGCUAUGCAUUUUUUCUUAUCUGAUUGCUUUUCCUGUACACAAAGAAUUAUUUUUCUGUAGUUCUCUAUUACAAAAUGGACGGUUGCAAUAAAUAACCGAUAAGCUAACAAAGUAGAAGUUUUCCAAUUCCCUAUUUAGCCUCGAUUUUAUUAACUUAUCGAGAACCUAAACCUUAAUAAUAGUAGUUAUUUUUAAUAUAAAAACGAGAAUCUUACUUUGACCAUAUUAUUCCUUAUUCUAUGCUUUGACUUAAAAACUGGUAGUAUACAGUCAUUUCCAAUAAUCAUGUGAUUGGAAGUAAAUGUAAUAUUAAUGGUCAAAGUUGACAAAUUAACUAUUAUUUAUUAUAAUCGAAAAUGCACACUAUAUUCACUGGAAAUGACAAUAAUGAACACAAAUCAAUGACUAGAAUAGUUGCUAAAUACUAUACCUAUUUAGAGAAAAUUUCAAAUUCAUAUGAACAAUCAAAUUAUCAAUAAUAAAAGCAAUAUGAAUCAAAUCUUCUAGAAUAAUGUUAAAAAUGGACUAUUCUUGAAAGGCCCCAUGCUUAUUAUGAUUUCAAGCAGAAAAGAUGAAAUAUCUCCAUAUAUCUAUCAAUUACAAUAACAAUAUAAAU